UUCUGGUGAUUGACAGGUCAGAAUCUCCAAGUUACAGGCCCCUCCAUUUCAGACCUAUAAAUGGACUCCCAUCUCACUCUGCUCUGAAUCGCCUCAUUCUGACAAACUCUCUGCUGAAAACGUUGAACGCUACACUACAUUAAGAUGUCAGACUUAGAGAACUGCCUGGGAACCAUCAUUGAGGUCUUCCACAAAUACUCGUCCAAAGAAGGCGACAAGUACAAAUUAAAAAAGACCGAACUCAAGGAGCUGCUCACAAAUGAAUUUCCGACUCUUACCGAGCAUGUGAAAGAUCAAGCAACAAUGGACAGUUUGAUGGAAAGCUUGGAUACGGAUGGUGACUCAGAGUGUGAUUUUCAGGAGUUCAUGACCUUCAUCACCAUGGUUACCAUCUGUUGCCAUGAGUUUUUCGAACACCACGAAGAUGAAUGAGUCAAAUUUAAUAAAACGAGUUCAGUUUUCGUAGUUUAAUGAGUCACAAUACAUUCCUCCUCUUAAAGUUUGCUUUGUUCUUUAUCAUACCAUAUUAGGAUUGUUGUUUUGUUUGGAUAGAAUGUACAUGCAGCUUGUACAACAGUUUGUUUGGCUUAUUUUGCUAGACUCCAAACUAGUUCAUAAUUUAUUACAAAGCGUGUUUCUAUAAUUUUGCCUAGGCAUUUUUUUUUUCACCAAGACAUCCCCAUCAUAAAUCUCAUCGAGUGAAAUGUGGACCAGGUGUUGCGCUCUUGCCAUUUCAAUUCCAGGCUGAUUGUGAAAUGUUUUUUUUUCUGAUUAUCUUCAGACUAUUAGGCUGCUAUUGACUUAUGUCGGAUUGUUCCGGGGCCUGAGACAAAUCAUACUGUGCUUUAAAAAGACCCACCAAAGCAAAUGGUUCUUUUGAAAAUAUCUAAUAUGUUUACAACCAUCCAUAAAUGAUUUGGAAUUUCAGAUUAAUCCCAUAUGUUAUUAGAGGCAUGAAAACUCAUGUUUUUCAUGUAUUAAAUGUCCAGAAUAUUUACUAGCAGAUUUUUUUUUUUAACUGAAAUGUGUUUUCCAACUGUAACCUAAGCUAACAGUCAAUGUCAAAACAUCAGGCUUAAUUCAUGAAACAAGGCAUUUUCUGUGUAAAUCGUACAUAAAUCUACUUGCAUGCAAAUUAUUAAACUGAAUGCGACAAUUUACUUAAGAAUGUAUUAUGAACAAUUUACAAAAAAUUGUGUAACAAGGCCCUACAGUGAAUGUUUCCUUAUAAAGUUGAACAAAACAAAAGAUGAACAAGUUGAGCCAAACUGUUAGAAUUAUGGAAUGAAAACUAGCAAAAUAAAAUUGUGCACAGAUGAAAUUAAGUAAA